AUGUUGAACGACAGUUUCGAAGAAGUUGCCAGUAGAGGAGUUUCAGAUGGAGUCGGGGUUGCCGCUUUCUCUUUAGACACCUUCACUAUUAUUACCGUGGUUGAAAAUAGUUCUGGCCGGCAACAAUUCGAACGUCAAACCAACAUCAUGAAGUUCAAUGCAGAAGAAGGACUCGAAGUCGUUCAGAGAAUUAACACGUCUUAUUCUAGCCAUGUGGAAAUUUGGGAGCAGGAGAGGAGCAUGUACAUGGCCAUUGCUCAAUAUAUGAAGGAAGGCACGUCUGGGACCGUCUUGGAGACGUACACUCCUAUAUACAAAUGGCAAGGAAGACAUUUCGACUUAAUUCAGUUUAUAGGGACGGCUGGGGUUAGGAAGGUAUCGCAUUUCUCCGUUGAAGGCGUCCAUUUCCUGGCAGUGGCCAAUUCUAAGUCGGACGAUGCUGAAACUUAUUCAGAAAUUUUUAAAUACGACGUGGAAAGAGAAAUGUUUCUACCAUUUCAAAGAAUUCGAACAUAUGGCUGCAGGGACAUCAAAGCGUUUAAAAUUCCCUUGGAAGAAGAAGAAGAAGAACAUUUCUUAGUAGUGGCUAACACUGGGGAAGAAGGUUAUGAUGAAGUGAAAUACAAUGCCCCAUCCAUAAUUUACAAAUACGUCGAGGAUUAUUUCAUUCCUUUCCAAAGUUUGCAAAUAAGGGAUGUUACUGGACUAGAAUCCGUCACGGUGAAAGGGGGCGAAGUCGUACUUUUUGCUGCGACCACCAACGGUAUUAAAUGUUUUCACUACAAUGGAUGGCAUUUUGUCGAAAGCCAAAUUGAAUCCAAAGAUGAGGCGACGUUAAGCCCCAUAAAGGCGAUGCACUUUUACGAAUAUCGAGAUAAAAGCCUUGCUGUGAUUGUAAACGAACAAAACAAAGGAAGCUCGGUUAAUGUUUUUGAAAUCGGUUUCUCCUCAAGAAAUGAGCUGAAAACCGUUUACAAAGAAAUGCUUAUGUGGUGCCUAGAUAAGAAAAAAAGUAUCGAAGGCAUGGAUGAAACCGAUAUUUUAGAAGCUUCACCAAGGGGCGACAUUCCAGUGGCAUCUCAAAACAAAUCAGAAAAUUUUGAAAAUCAGAAGGUAGAAGGAUUAGUUGAGUUCUAUAUGAAAGAAUUAGAUGACAUCGAAGCUAAGUUAAGUGAAUUAUUUAAAAUGAAAGACAAAGAGGAAGAAGUAAUAGACAGGGAUAUAAGAGUAAAUCAACUAAUUCUAAAUAAAGAUGCGUUUGUAACAUCGAUCCAAACUGACUCCAUCAACGACUUCGAAAGAGACCUCUUUGAGAAUGUUUUGGAUAUUGAUAAAGGAUUUGAGACUGAUUCGAUGGAAUUCACUAUUUUGAGUUUAGAAGACACAAUUUCUCCUCAAACUAUCAACGGUUUUCCAACAGACAGUGCAUUACAUAAAUCUGGACUUGCAAACGUUGAUAACUUACUUGUGGAUGGAGUGGUAGAAUUUUUAUCUGGGUUUAAUGUUGAAAAGAACAUUAACAACAUGACAAUAAGCAAAAGUAACACACUGUUAAGUAAAGGAGAUCAAAAUUUCCAGGAUUUUAGUGUUACAAAUGUUGAAAUAAACCAACUAGUGUCUGAAUUUUUGAAUCUAGCUAACACCUCAGCACAAAAUACUAAAAAUAUAAAUAAACUGAAAGAAUUAAAUGUGAAGAAUCUAACAAUAAUAGAUCUUGUCAACGACGUGGAUUUAGCGACACUGGAAAAGUACGCUUUGAAAGUAAGCGGAACUCAGAAUAUCACCAAAAAGUAUAGCUUCAACAAAAUCGAAGCUGACAAUUUAGACGCAAACACAUUAUCCAACAGGAAACUUUUGGACGACUUCGUCGCCAUCACUCCCGGAAAGCGUCGCGUAAAUAAAGACGUCAAAUUCGCCGAGGAACUGGUCGUAAACAACCUGAAGGCUUCGAAAUAUCUGGAUAACAUCCCAGUCAAGAACGGAAAACUCGAUAUCCUUCAGAGGAAUUCCACAGAGAGACAAUACAUUUCAGGAGUGAAGUCGUUCGAAAAUUUAGAAUUAUUGAAUCCCAUACAGAUACGCGGGAAGAUAAGAAGUAAAGUAUUCGAUACCAUGAAUCCGCGCGUUACUGUCGACGCCAGUCUCGACUUAAAUGAUGACAUAAGGAUUACGGGCGAGGUUAUAGCGGGAGGAACAGUAAAAACCAACGACGUCGUCGCCGCAGACGGAGCCGGUGCACUGCGAGUCCUACAACAAGGCCUGAAAUUAACUGAUACUGAAAUACCCAUUCACUUGAACUUCGCCCAACACAUAAACGUCGAAGGAGUAUUUGCCGAGAGAAUUAAUAAUAUCGACCCGAGCUCUUGGGUGGUAAAUGGGGUAAAACAGGCUCAAAUCAUACGGGGCUGGAAGCAAUUCCCGGGCUAUUUGGAGAUUACCGGCGAUACGGAAGUUUUUAGAGUGAACGGUAUUGAUAUGGUUGGAUUGGAGAAGAAUGCGCUGAGACUGGACGGCGAUCAGGUAGUAAGUGGAAGGCAUUACGUGGAAAGGGUGGUUGCGGAGAAGGGAAUAAAAAGUGUCAACGUAAAGCUUGGUUCACAUAAUUGGAACGACACUAUAACCCCUGGAAAACAAACUAUAAACAGCACAAUGACGUUCAACAAUCUAGCCUGCGAUAUGCUAAAGGCCAAUAAUCUUAACAUAAAUGGAUUCGUAAACGACCUGAACAUUUCAGAACUUCUGAAAGACGUCGCGACAGUAGACACAGCGUUCAAAAUUUUCAGUCAUAAGACACUGAAGAGUCUAACCAUCGAAAACCUCAAAGCGAAAAACAGCUUCGAUUUCAUGAACCAUAUGAAGCACGACAUAAAACUUGCUGGUGAUUUGUACAUCGACAAAGAAGUUGCCAUCAGUAACAUUCACUUUACUGACAGUUGUAACGGUGUGGAAAAGAACAAUUUUACUGUUAGUAAGAAGUUUGAAAAUGGGUCGUACUUUAUUGAUGGAAGCCAAGAAUUUGACACAAUAAAAGUGUUUGGGGCCGUUUUUGUCGACAGUAAUAUCAUCAAUGAUGUAAAUUUAACGGACUUUGAAUACAACACCAUCAAAGUGGAUGAACCGUUUGAUUUUGAGACUGUCACUUUCAACGAAAUCAUUGUAAAUAGUAGCGACAUAGAGUUGGGUGGACAUAUCGACCAUUUGGAUUUAGAUAACAUUUUCCAAAAUAAUAAAGAGAGUCCACAGUCACUUACAGAUGAGAAAAUUUUCGAUGAAACUCUUGUGGUGGAAGGCGAAGCUACUCUCGAAGGCUUCUUAAAUGGUUUUGCUGUUUCAGAUUUAUGCGAUUUCAUGUCAGAAAAUUCAAGUUCGGAAAGCCUCAUUAUUGAAGGUAACGCAUAUUUUGAUAAAGGUCCACAAGUUUCACAAUUUAAUGGAUUUGAUGUCGAAACUCUAGAGGAUGUUAUAUGGUUUAGAGACAAACCCUUUAAAUAUAAUGGAUACAUCAAAUUUAAACAUAGCCUUACAUUUAAUAAUAACUUGACAGUGUCGGGACAAAUAAAUGGUUUAAAUUUGGAACUUAUAAGAGACAAUUACUUCAGUAAGACCAAAAACCAAACCGUAACGGCAAAUAUGGAGUUUUCGGAAGACGUGCUAUUUUUCGAAACCGUCUCUACACCUAAACUCAACUUGGACGGAGAAAUAAAUGGAAUUAAUAUGCAGAAAUUCGUAGAAACAGUUUUACUGAACGACGACCAGCUUUUUGAACGCCCUGUGUAUCUAGAAACAUGUCGCGUAGCAGAUGCUCAAGGUCAGUAUCGGGUAAACGAUCUCGAUUUGGAAUACGACGUUAUGAGAUACGACAAAAUGAACCUUAUUACUGGUCGCAAAAAAAUCAACAGUCUUGGUAUUGAUAAUUUAUUAGUCAGUAGCAACAUAAUGGUAAAAAAUGUGGACGUUUUGAACUGGAUAAAGAACGGAGUACUUACGAAAGGUCCAUUCGAAAUUUCUGGAAAUAAGCAGCUCCAAAACGUCACAUUUUCAAAUGGAUUGAGUUUGCAAGGUCUGCUGAAUGGGCGAAAGUUCGACGAGGACACGGUGAUGCUAAGGGACCUGCCGCAAAGCGUAACCGGGAGAAAAAUGUUCAUGGCAGACAACGUGGAAGGAGUAAUAUUUAAAGCCCUGAAGAUUACUGGCUUAGUUAACGACGUCGAUAUCGCGGAACUUGCUCAUAAUCAGGUGUUUAAAACUGGAGACAACAUACUCAAAUCUGAAGUUCACUUUUACGGUAACAUAACGGCAAAGAAUGUAGUCAUCAAAGAUUUAUACCAAGGAGUAAACGUAACUGAUCUAUUGAAAAACAUCUCAACUUUAAACGUCCUUAAUAAUUUCGAAGAAAGCUAUAAAAGAUUACAGGGAAUGUCUACUGAGGUGGAAAAUUCCCUCCGAGGGCAAGCCUACUUUCUGCAUUACUACAAAUCUGUAUCCCACUUUCCUCACGAUUUGAAAAUAUUUGGCAGGAGAAACACUGAGGGUAAAUGUCAAGUGAUGGUUGUGUACUUUGAAAAUGGAUUGUGCGUGCUGCGGUUUUUCGACUGGGACCAAGAGUUGAAAGUGUUUCAAAAUAAAGCAGGCUACAGCUUUCUGGGAAAAUUGAUUCACUUUAGGUCUUUACCGAAUACGACUGAAUUCAAAAACAGUUUCAUUAGAACAAACGGCACAAUAUUCACAACAAGUUUCGAAUUAGAGUUGUGUCAUCAGUACUGCUUACUCUUUAUCACUUACGAGGAAGAUAUCCACAUAACUUGCAUCAAUCUUGAUGGAGAAUUUUAUUUACGGCAAGAAAUUCCCGAAAAAUCACAUCAGGCAUCAGUCAUCAACGUGGACGGACUAUCCUACCUGGUCACCAUAAAAACUGCAACCCGGACAGAAGAACCGCGCACCAGCAUAUGGAGAUUCGACAAUGGAACUUCCCGGUUCGAAUUGUAUCAAACAAUUUAUGAGGGCGAUCCAAUAAGCUUAACAACCGUUACUUACAACUCCGCUUGCUACGUGGCUGUGGCGUACGGUCACCUGCCGAACACGAUGCACCUUGGGCGGGUGGUUAUUAGGAGGUUCGAUAAAAAGACGCAGGAAUUCAAAAUAUGGCAAAACAUCCGUUUAGCCACCCCCACACAUUUAGAAUUCAGCGUGUUACCCUCUGAAGAAUUAGUCCUGUACAUUUUAACAGACAAUCCUUCAGAACCGCUCAUCGUGUACGUUUAUGAAGGAAUUUCUGGGUUCAGCAAAAAAAUUGUGGGUUCCGCCAUUCCCAACGUGAUAAGAAUGAACCAGUUUUCCAUAAAUAAUAUGCACUUCGUUGUGACACAGCAUUUUAAUUACGCGAAUAUCAUUCAGGCAGUCUUUAAGGGGGAGAAACUGGAUUAA